GGUUGGGCCGUCGAGAGGUCCCGACGCUGCGUUGCCUCACUAAUACUUAUAUACUACUACGGUGUACAACUGCUCCUACUCUGUCGCUUAUUUUAUUUCACAUUGCAUCAAUAAUCCCUAAGUUACGAAGUGUGCUUUUGUGUCUUGUCAACGUCUCGGUAGCUGUUCGAAAGGUCUGACUGUGUUGUCGCUACAACUUCAUAUUGCGAUUUAUUGUGAAUAAAGUGAUACUGAGGAAAUACUCCGCCUUUUGUCAAGAUGGGAAGCUACGCACAGUCCGUCCAUGAAAAAAUGCUGGCCAACCUCACUUCACUGAUAUGGGGAAGCAACGAGAACACUCCGCCAACGCCAGCAACAAACGCCACCACAAAGAACGACGCCACGGAGAAGACCGAGGAUGCCCUACUCGAUACCCUAGGCGCCCACAACAUCAGGGCAUCCACUCCCUCAGAUGACGACGAUGCUGACUGGGUUCUCGUGGACAGAGCUGAGGUUGACGAGGCGUGUAAUUGGGAGGGCCAAGUACCACCACAGUGGAUGACAGAAGCCGCAGCGAUACCUUCGGUGCCGGUGCCGACUUCGUCUCCUGUGCUCUGCACUGGAGAGACGAGUGACGGAGGACCACAAGAAUGGCUAAUGACUCCACCUCCGUGCUUCACGCGUUCACAGGCAGCUCCUUUAGCGAGCUCACCCUUGGAAAAUCUGCUCAUAGAGCACCCUAGCAUGUCUGUCUAUCUGCCACGCCCCACCUACACCAGUGCUGCUACUGCCAGAAUAUUUCCCAGACGACUGUUGUCUCACUCCUCCCAUUCCCGUUCUCCCCCCUCAGUUUCUCCCUCCUCCCUGCCCACUUCUGGUGAACGUGAGGAGUCCCCAAUGAGAGAAGAAACAAGCAGCGAGGUUGGUGGGGGGCAGCAGGUAGACAUCCCUACUAUUGGCAGAACAACGGGUGUUGCCCAACGAACUGCUAACCUUAUCCAGGCCAUUGAUGUGCUUAGGCCAGCCCAGAAGGCCCAGCGUCGAAGGGAGGAGCGUCGGCUUAAGCACAAACACUUGGAUCGUACCAACAAGGCACGUGAAGUUGCAAGUGCUGGGAACAAGCGUUCCAAGAGACGUGAAAUGCUGACUCCUUCUAAGUUUUCUCGCGCUGUUAACAACCGCAAGUGCUAAAUAUAAAUAGGCUGUGAGCAGGGGUAAAUCUUGUUCUUUGAAAUAGUUGAAAUGUCGCAGAUGCAUGCCAUGUGAAAACAUUCGCUUUAGCUAUGCAGUUUUCUAUACAUUCAGCAAAGCAAAAAAAAAAAAAAAGUAAUGUCUAUGGGCAAAUUUAAUGCUUUAGGAAUUUCAAUCAUAAAAUCAGAAUAACACAAACAAAAAGUUACAUUAUUGUAGUGCACUAGAUUGUUGGAUACAGAGAAAAUGUUUGUUGGAUGUCAAACUUUUUUUUUCGAUAUGUUUAGGAACAAUUUUUACCCCUAACUAUAGUAAUAUAUUUUUGUGGCAGCAGCCAUCUUUUAUUGCCUGACCACAUGGUUUUCCAUUAAAAAUCUGUACCGCAUGUUGUUAGUAACAUGACAUUAUUCAAAGUUUUGGCAAUUUCCCCUUUCGUAUUCAUUGCUCUUAUCCCUCACUGUAUUUUUGUUUGAUGCAGAAUCUCUCAUUUUAAACAACUUGAAGCUUAAUUUUUUCCAAUUGUCUUACUUUGGACAAUCAGUAACUUCAGCCUUUUCUUGGUUUAAUUUUAUCAGUGCACCUGGCUGCACAAGCCAAAAUUUCAUGUUUUAUUCAUCCCUCAAUAGAAGAAACUUGAUGUAGCAUCUUUAUUGAUUAUGGCCUGUAUGAAGUAACUUACACAAAUUCUCAAGAGUGGUACAUCCACUGUGCAUGUUUAAGGUCAUAUGAAAAAUAUGGAUCACCAAAUAGUUAUGUAAGUUAGAAAUUCUGUUUGCUAUGUAUCUGAUUUAAAAGUGAGAAAUAUAGACUUAAGGGAAAAAAUAUCUAAAAAUGAUAAAAUGACAAAAUGUAUAUAUAAAAAUGUCUUUCAAAUAUGUGUGAAUGUAGAGCACUUGCUAAAAGACGUAUGAAUGUACUGUAUUUGUGAUUUGUUUUCUCUGUAGGUUAGUAAAACCCAAUAAGAAGGACUUAUUCAUGAGCACCAAAGUGCUCUUGCCAUUUUUUGAAGUCCUAAUGACUACUCGCACUGCCAUCACUGGAUGUGUAAGGGUAACUCGGAAACUAGACUUAAAUAUUACAUUAGCUGCAAACAACAGCAUUGUCUUUUAGCCUAGUUAAAGGAUAUAAUGUAAAUAAAAUGAGCCUGCUGGUUUUUUAUUAUUAUUUUGAAAGAUCUCAUGAGAGUGUAAAAUAGGAUACUUAGUCCUUAGGUGCUUCUGAUGUGUGUGAAAAUGUGAAGUAAAUGUUAUAAUACGUGAGCAGAUGAAUUUUCAGAAACCACACCUUCCAUUGUAUUUUAAAGUCAGAAGUGUAUUGUAAUGCAUUAUAUAUACUGUAUUGUUUUUAUUAUCAUGGUGUAUAUUAAGUACUGAAUCAAUUCUGUACAAAAGAAUGUAUGUUGAUGAUGUACAGGUUAUUUAGAGAGCCAUUAGCUAGACUUGUGACACGCACAUCUCAGGGAGGCUGUAGUGUUCUGUGUCACGUCAUAAUCCACAAAUUGGUCAGUUAUAUAUCUGGAAAGGUCUAAGAAUGUUAGAUUUCAUAAGUCACUCAUACCACCAUUCCACUCUCGAGCAGAUUAUGCCAAAGCCACAGCAUAGACUGUGCUCUCAUAUCACCACCACUUUGGUUCUUGUCCUCUUGUUUUGAAAACCUGCUCUGUAACUAAGGAAAUUGAUGCAGAUGACCGUAUCAGAUUUACUCCAUUAUGAGGUGGAACUUUUGUGUUGCUGUGUUAUAAUUUUCCUACCACAUGGCUCACAAAAAAAAGUAAUGGAAAAGUAUUUGUUUUAUCUGUAAGGCACAAACUGUUAAUUGACUUCAUUUGUAUUUAGUGUAAUUUAGAAUCAAUUUUAUCAUAAUUGUUUUGAUGUAGGAGUAAAAGAAUGGAUUUUAGAAUAUGUAAAUAAUGUAUAGUUUUUCAGUCAUUGUAAAUUCCUUUUAUUUAUUUUUGUUUUAGAUCAAAAUGCAGUUUUCAUCUAUUGUAAACUUUCACUUUAAAGGAUUAUGCAUAGUGUUUAAAAUAAAAUGUGAUUUUUUCU